AGAGAAUAGACUAGCUUUGUUAAAAUAUUUAAAAGAAAUAAUUGAUAUGUCAUUCUCAUUCGGAUUUAACAAUGAUGAUAUAAGUGAUGACGAAGUUGAAGGGAGACAUCAAGAGAAUACCCCAGUAGAAUCACCAUUAGUUGCACUUUCUGCCUCUUUAGAUAGUAAAGUUUUGCCAAAGUUGCAUACUUUAGAGUCUAUACUAUCAGAAUUACAAAAUGUGAAACUUACGUUUGAUAAUUACAUGACACCUAUAGGAGGGAAUGUAACAUACAGAAGAGAACUUUUUGAUAUCAAGCACCAAGUGAUGUGUGAAGAUGAACAAAGUGAUUUGGUUAAUGAUAUUUUAAUGGGUAAUAGUAAUGACGUAGAUUUAAAGAAAGAUGUAUAUGAAGGAGGGUUUAAAAGUUGGGAAUGUUCCUACGAUGCUGUAGACAAAUUGGUUCAACUUUACCAACAACCUGAGUUUAAUAAGGCCACAAUCUUGGAUCUUGGAUGUGGUACUGCUCUUCCAAGUUGUCAAAUUUUAAUGCAAAGAUUACAAAAUAAAACAUUAGCAUUAAAUAAAUCAACUAGAAUGACUUUAAUUCUUUCUGAUUUUAACUAUGAAGUGUUGAGAUUAGUUACUGUUCCUAAUCUUCUUAUUCAUUGGGCAUCUACUGUUGACCCUAAAAAGCUACAUGAACUCACACAAAACGAAGAAUCUGAAGGUCCAGUGAUGGCUAAUGAUGAAUUAUUGUUAACUCCAAGAUUACUUGAAGAAUUUAUGGAACAUUUAAAGCAAGAAAAUAUUGAAAUUCAAUUUAUUUCUGGUUCUUGGGGUCAAGAAUUCCUUGAAAUUCUUUCCAAUUUGGGAAAUUCAAUUGAUUUGGUUAUUAGUUCUGAAACAAUCUAUUCAUUAGAUACAUUACCAAUUGUUGCAGAAACAAUUUUAAAAUUAUUGGAAACUAACAACUCUUGUUUGGGACUUAUUGCUGCGAAAAACUUUUAUUUUGGAGUUGGAGGUUCAGUGGCUGAAUUUGUCAAUUAUAUUAAUAAGAAGGAUACUUCAGUUAUUGUCAAUGUAAAUGAAGUUAAUUCUCAAUUAAAGAGAUCUUUAGUGGAAGUUUACAAAGCUUAAAAUAUGAUAGAAAUAACGGAAAGGAUAUUAAUAAUACUAGUGUAUAUAUAUAUAUAAUAAAUGAAAAAGUAUUAAGAAAGAUUGAU